GUCAGCUCUGUGUUGAGGAACAUGUGCAGCUCUUUUGUCACGGAGCUGCUGAACUGAGCUGAACUGGGUCUCUCAGCUCUGAACUGUGGAUCUGUUCGGUGCCCGCGCGUAUCUGUGUGUUCGUGUUGUGUUCAGCGUCAGAGGAGUCAGAAACAUGUCGAAGAGGGCCAAGAAGAACGAACAGGCUUCUGCAGAUGGAGGCAACGACAAUGGAACAGAACCAGCAGCAAAGAAAGGGAAGAAGACAAAGGAACCAGAGGCCCCAGUUUUGUAUGAAGAUCCUCCAGAUAAGUUGACCAGCAAGGAUGGCCGGGCAGCCAACAUGAAGAUAACCUCCUGGAAUGUGGAUGGCCUUCGUGCUUGGGUUAAGAAGAAUGGGCUCGAUUGGGUGCGACAGGAGGCUCCAGAUGUGCUCUGUCUUCAGGAAACUAAGUGUGCUGAGAAAGCCCUGCCAGCAGAAAUCACCUCUAUGCCUGAGUAUCCUCAUAAGUACUGGGCAGGUUCAGAAGAUAAAGAGGGCUACAGUGGGGUGGCCAUGCUGUGCAAGACUGAGCCAAUUAAAGUCACGUAUGGCAUUGGUAAAGAGGAGCAUGACAAAGAGGGCAGAGUGAUCACUGCUGAGUUCCCCUCCUUCUUUCUGGUCACAGCCUACGUGCCCAAUGCUGGGCGUGGGUUGGUGCGCCUCGAUUACCGCAAGACCUGGGAUGUGGACUUCCGCGCCUACCUAAGCGAUCUGGACAAGCGUAAGUCCCUGGUGCUCUGUGGAGACCUUAACGUGGCACAUCAGGAGAUUGACCUGAAGAACCCAAAAGGCAACCGCAAGAAUGCUGGCUUCACUCCUGAAGAGCGUGAGGGCUUUAGCCAGCUCCUGGCUGCUGGCUUCACCGAUAGCUUCCGGGAGCUGUAUCCUGAGCAGACCAGUGCCUACACCUUCUGGACCUACAUGAUGAAUGCUCGGUCCAAGAAUGUGGGUUGGAGGCUGGACUACUUUGUGCUGUCGGCUGCCUUGGUCCCAGGUUUGUGUGAUAGCAAGAUUCGUAACACUGCCAUGGGAAGUGACCACUGCCCCAUUACCCUGCACCUGGCUGUGUAGUGCUUGAUCCCUCUGGUAUGGGAUCUCAGUGAUGAGCGUCUUAAGAACAGGGGUGUUUUUUUUUGUUUUGUUUGUUUUUCUUUCCUUUUCUGAAUCAGUUUAGAUUUUUUAGCUCAUAUUAGCUAAAAAAAUCAUCAUAGAGGUAACUUCCUAUAUCUGUAUUCUGUUUUUUGAUAUAUUUUACAUUUAAGAGCAGGGAGCACCAGAAAGGUAGUUACGGUUAAUAGAUUAGUUUGUACUUUUUUGUUAGACUGUGUUCAAAGUUAUUGGUUGACUUCUGAUUAUAAGGCAUAUUAGAAGAAUUUGAUAUUUUUUUUCUUAUGUAUUCUUCUGUCCAAAAAAGUUGUCAACUGCUAUAGCCAAUUUGUCACAUUUCUUUUGCAGUACUACUGGUCAGAGUGUGCAAAGAAAGUGUACAUUUCCUCAGAGACAUAAGAUGUUCUGUACCAUUUCAAGCUGGCAACUAUGCAGCAUUGGCAAAUGGGCCGACACACUAGGAGGAGAGCGUAAAUCUCUUAAGUGCUCAGUUGUGGAUGCCGGGGUCAGUAUUCACAAAAUUGCUGAGAAUUACUGCUGACUGAAUGUUUUAAAAUGCCCCGUGUAUUCCUGAAAGUGUAUUGAAGCUUGGGCACUAGUAAUGAAUGCUUUUUAUAUGCGGCCGAAAAUGUUACCCAUAGUUUUGCCCUAGUGAUGCUUUAAUAAAUCCUUUCAUUUUGAAUUUCAUAACUUUAAAUGGAAAAAUAUCUAACACAACUACUGUAAGGAGAGUAGGUGGCAAUACACAGGUUUGGUUAAGUGUCAAUCUACUCCGAAUCCCUGCAUAACUACUGUGAAUAACAAGCUAAUUUAGAGUUCAGUUUUAGGUAUUGAUGAGUUGAGACAAGACCUAUUGGGUUCAUCUUUUACCUGACCUGCUGGAUGACCAAGAGAUCCAGCCUUGUACUAUAAAUCCUUUGAGUUUUGUAAUGUUGUCAUUAUUUGUUUGGUGCUAAAACAGCCAUGAUGUUGCUGUGCUUCCCACUUUUAUUGCAAAAUAAUUAAAGUUUGCAAACAAAUCAGCUUAACACUGCACAAAGCAUUAACACAUUUAAACUUUCAUUUUUACAAUCAUAUCUUUCCUUUGUUAAUGACCACAUUUUGGAAUAAAAUGUUUAUUAAAAAAUG